GCAGUACGGCAGUCGCCAAUUUUAGAUUUUGCAAAACGAGGUUACCGCACCAAUAAUAACAACAACAAUAACUACUCGACCACAACAACCGUCUUAUCUAUCUCGUGUCUACUACCAAAUACUAUAUAGUAUAAUGUUAUAGUAUUUGCUGCCACUCGUCGCGUUCACAUACUCACAUAUGGAUUAACGACGAGCGUGACGACUGUUACUUAUAUAAUAUUUUAGUUAUUAAUAUUGUCUGUAUUUAUACGCCUUUAUCGUCGAAAAUAUUAUAAUUAUUAUAUUUUAAUCAGUAAUUAUAAUAUUAUUAUUUUUUAUUGUUAUAAAUUAUUACGAAUUUACGAAACCGGGUUCGAAUGGAUAAUUGAUAUCAUAGUAUUUGGUCCGUCCGGUACCCCAUUGUCGUGCCGGGCACUGGCAUUUCGAGUAAUGGUUUUAAAUUUUAUAAUAAUUGUGUUUUGUUAAUCAAUCCGCGUCCAGGGCCUAUUGUGGCCUAAUACUAAAAAAAUAUCUAAAUAGUAAACACAAAAUGGCAUUAAUAUUAUGCAUUUAAGCCGAUCGGAACGGGUUUCCGAAUGAAAACCGAAUUAAACCAACUUCAUCGCGUACUUUAAAUGUGUGAUGAUGACACCAUUACCAGUCCCGUUACAUUCAUAAUGUCAAACAGUAAUAAUGCAUCGCCUAGCCGUAUUCCAAAGCCGAAUUGGAUGCGGAACUUGAAUAGAACACCGAAGAUCCAAAGACAUCAAAGUCUACAAACUUUAAAUACAUAUGAAAAAGAUGAUGAUUGUGCAUCAGAAAAAAGUUUUGGCAGUACUACCAGCAGUCAGUGUGAUAAUGGGCAUUCUAUGUUUGCUCUUAAUGGCACUACAUAUUCCAGUCGCAAAAAGGCUUAUUUACACUAUUGCCCCUCAAAUAUAGGCAGCGAAGAGUAUCUUACUCCUACACAGAGAUCUAGUCGAACUAUCAGAAAUCUUAGAAGAUUGCUAAAUGAUGCUCACAGUGAACUAAAUGAUAAAGAUACAGAGAUUGAUCGGCUUAAAAGAGAGAAUAUUGAACUUAAAGUAAAGUGUGGAUAUGAAGCCGUUAACAAUUCAAUUGCAGAAGGUGAUGAAGAUGAGGACACUGCUAGAUUCAUACCCAGUAAAGAACACACCCCUGAACCUGAUUCAACCAAACUUUCAAGGAGUUUUUUAAAUCCAUCACCAUCACCAGCAGAUUCAGGACAUGGUGAUGAAUAUGAUGAAGCUAAGAAAUUACGUCAAGCUUAUGACGAGUUACGUGAGAAACAUAAUGAUAAGAUUGAAGAACUAUUAAAAAGCUUAGGAGCACUUAAUGAAAAAUAUUAUGGAUUAAAACCAUUACUUGAUGAAGCAAAUAUCAGAAUCAAAGAACUUGAAAGAGAAAAUGAUUUUCUUAAAUGGUCUAAAACUGUACAAGAUAAUACUCUAACGACCAUUGAUCCAGCUUCUAUUAACCACACAAAGAAGAAUUUUUGUGAUGUUCUUACUCAGACUCAAUCAAUAUUGCAAUUAGAUAAGAAGACUGAAACUGAUCAAACGCACCAUAAUUUCUAUGAUGCUACUACAGUAAAUACUCAAAGCUCUUUACACCAAUCUAAUUCAGAUAAAAACCAUGUAAUCCCAACACAAACUCAAAACACUGUAUGUCUAGAAAAGGAUACUGAGACUGAUAGUCAGGAACUUGAAGAUGAUGUAGAUGAGUUGAGCAAUCUUAAGUUGCAACUAAAAAAGACCAAAGGACGUAGUCAAAGUGUUGGUGGCACUUUGUUAUCCGGACCUGAGGCCAUUGCCCUUUGGAUGAUCGGCACUAAAAAGGCAAUGUAUGAAACUAUUCUCCAACAACAAUUGGAACAACAACGUCAACGCCCAUUACAUGACGCUGAAAUGACACUACAGUUCUUAAAAUCAGCAUUUUACUAUUAUCUAACCGAUCCUUCGAAUACCACUGGACAUUUAAAUGCAAUAUUAAGUAUACUUCGGUAUUCAGAUUCUGAAAAAAAAAUAAUUGAGAGAAAUCAAGCAUGGAAAUAACAUCGUUUCAAAAAAUAUUUUCAUAAUUUACAAUACAUUUUUGAAUUAUUUUAAUUAUUGUCCAAUUUGAAUUUAAUUGAAAAAAAUUUUUUUUUCUAUGUAUGAUUAAUUUUAAAAUAAGUUUCCUAAUUAGUUUGUAUUUCUUGAUUUUCUGUUUUUUCCUCAUUUUGUUUUAUUAAUUAUUUUUAAAUUUUGUAGUAUCAGUAUUAUGGUUGUUGAUAGGGAUCUUGUGAGGUUUUUUGUUGUUUUGAAGUGAUGUUUGAUGUUUAUCUUUUAAUUAUACAUUGUAUUUAUAAUAAUUUUCAAUCAAUUUAGAUCAGUUGAUUAACGCAUUGAUCAUAUUAUUUAAGUAUGACUAGUGACUACACAGUUUACAGUACAAUUUUGUACGGUAUAUUGUCAAUUUAUAAUGUAUCAGUAUUGUGAUAAAGUUAAAGUGUGAUUAAUAAAUUGAUAAUUAAUCAAACAA